ACAAAACUGAUCCCGAUAAACUUUAUUCGACUACAAAUAAGCUCCCCGUUCUUAUUCCAUUUCUCACUACACCAGCAAACCAAUCCGCUUAAGCUUUUAAGUAAGCUCCAACGACGACGGCCGGCAAACAAACAUGAUGGAGCAGUUUCUCCAGGAGUACUCGUCAUCCCUCGUUCUUCUCCUGUGGCUCGCCCUGGCCGCCACUCUGUCCGUCCCAUUGCUGCGCCUCCUUCUGACACGCCGGGGCCCGCCGCUGCCGCCGGGCCCUUGGCAGUGGCCGGUCAUCGGCAACAUGCUGAUGAUGGGCCAGCUGACUCACCGUGGGCUGGCGGCGCUGGCGGGCCGGUACGGCGGGCUCUUCCACCUGCGCCUGGGCCGCGUGCAUGCCGUGGUGGUCUCUUCCCCGGCCCACGCGCGCGAGGUGCUCGGCGUCCAGGACGCCGCCUUCUCCAACCGCCCGGCGAGCGCCGCCGUGGCGUUCCUCACCUACGGCCGCGCCGACAUGGCCUUCGCCCACUACGGCCGCUUCUGGCGCCAGGUGCGCAAGCUCAGCUCCGCCAGGCUCUUCAGCCGCCGCGGCAGCCGCGCCGCCCGCUCCUGGCUCGCCGUCCGCGACGAGUCCGCCAAGCUCGUCCGCGCCAUUGAUGCCGAGAUCUCGGGCUCCGGUGGCGGCGAGGCUGCCGUGGACAUUGGCGAGCUCUUGUUCGUGCUCACGAAGAAUGUCGUGUUCCGUGCUGCCUUUGGAGACCGUGGGCGGAGGCAGGAGGACGAGCUCGGGGAGCUGCUGCGGGAGUUCUCGGAGCUCAUGGGGGCGUUCAGCGUCGGCGACUUCAUCCCGUGGCUAAGGUGGGUCGAUGGCCUACGCGGCGUCGAUGAGAGGCUGCGUAAGGCCCGGGCCGGCAUAGACGAGCUCCUUGAUAGGAUUAUUGAUGAGCAUUUGGAGGGGAAGAAGAAAAGCAAGGAUGACGUGGAUGCUGACAUGUUGGAUGACAUGCUCGAGUUCUUCGAGGAGGACGAUGACGACCCGGCCGCCGGAAAGAAGGAUGGCGGUGAUGAGCCGCACAAUGACAAAGGCCUCCGGCUUACCAGGAACAACAUCAAGGCGAUUACAAUGGAUUUCAUGUUCGGCGGGAUGGAGACGGUUGCGGCAGCGAUGGAGUGGGCGAUGGCGGAGCUGCUCCGGAGCCCCGACAACCUCCGCCGCGUCCAGCAGGAGCUCGCGGAAACCAUCGGCCUAGACCGCACCGUGCUUGACUCCGACAUCAACACCGUGCCAGACAGCCUACCCUUUCUGAGAUGCAUCGUGAAGGAGACUCUCCGCCUCCACCCGCCGAUCCCGCUCCUCCUCCACGAGACCGCGACCGACUGUGUCGUGGGCGGGUACGCAGUGCCGAGGCGCUCCCGCGUGAUCGUCAACUUGUGGGCUAUCGGGCGCGAUCGGUCGGCAUGGGUCGACCCUGACACGUUCCGACCAGCGCGGUUCAUGGCGGAGGCGGCCGAAGUGGACCUCAAGGGCGGGAGCUUCGAGCUCCUGCCCUUUGGGUCCGGGCGCAGGGCGUGCCCGGCGAUUGUGUUUGGGCUGUACGAAAUGGAGCUCGCCCUUGCGCGCCUCCUCCACGCCUUCGAGUGGGCGCUCCCCGCUAGUGAGGUGCCAGAGGAUCUCGACAUGGACGAUGUGUUCGGACUAAGCGCGCCCCGCGCCGUGCGGCUCCGUGCCGUGCCCAAACUCCGACUCACUUGCCCGCUAUGACAGUUAGCGUCAUGAGAGUUGUGAGCUUUGAGAGACAGCUAAUUUACCACCGAAUAUCGGUAUGCAUGCUGCUCGUACAUGUGAUGCAAUUUUUAAAAUAAAUUGGCGGCCCACGUUCAGCCCGGCUGGGAUGCAUGGCUUCAAAUGAAGGCCUGGUUAGUAAUCACAAAAGAAAAUCAUCCUAUCUGAA